AUGUAUUGGAAAAGCGAGCAGAUGUUUGUGUGUAAACUAGAAGAAAAGGACGUGCCGGAGCUGGCAGUUCCUCCCGAGAAGUGCCAGGGGCUCAUGUCGGAGGAGUGCGGGCGGACUGCAGCCCUGGCGGCCGGGAGGACUCGGAAAGGCGCCGGGGAAGAGGGACUGGUGAGCCCCGAGGGAGUGGGGGACGAGGACUCGUGCUCCUCCUCGGCCCCACUGUCCCCGUCGUCCUCACCCCGGUCCAUGGCCUCGGGCUCCGUCUGCCCCCCUGGCAAGUGUGUGUGCAACAGCUGCGGCCUGGAGAUCGUGGACAAGUACCUUCUCAAGGUGAAUGACCUGUGCUGGCAUGUUCGGUGUCUCUCCUGCAGUGUCUGCAGGACCUCCUUAGGAAGGCAUACCAGCUGUUAUAUUAAAGACAAAGACAUUUUCUGCAAACUUGAUUAUUUCAGAAGGUAUGGAACUCGCUGCUCUCGCUGUGGGAGGCACAUCCAUUCUACUGACUGGGUCCGGAGGGCCAAGGGGAAUGUCUAUCACUUGGCGUGCUUUGCCUGCUUUUCUUGCAAAAGGCAACUUUCCACAGGAGAGGAGUUUGCUUUGGUGGAAGAGAAAGUCCUCUGCAGAGUGCAUUAUGACUGCAUGCUGGAUAAUUUAAAAAGAGAAGUGGAAAAUGGUAAUGGGAUUAGUGUCGAAGGCGCCCUCCUCACAGAGCAAGAUGUCAAUCAUCCAAAACCAGCAAAAAGAGCUCGAACAAGCUUUACAGCAGAUCAGCUCCAGGUUAUGCAAGCACAAUUUGCUCAGGACAACAACCCAGAUGCACAGACCCUCCAGAAACUGGCAGAAAGGACAGGCUUGAGCAGACGUGUGAUACAGGUGUGGUUUCAGAACUGUAGAGCACGCCACAAGAAACACGUCAGUCCUAAUCACUCCUCCUCUGCCCCAGUCACAGCAGUCCCGCCCUCCAGGCUGUCUCCACCCAUGUUAGAAGAAAUGGCUUAUUCUGCCUAUGUGCCCCAAGAUGGGACAAUGUUAACUGCGCUGCAUAGUUACAUGGAUGCUCAUUCACCAACAACCCUUGGACUCCAGCCCUUGUUACCCCAUUCAAUGACACAACUGCCAAUAAGUCACACCUAA